CAUCACCAUCCAGUAGUACUAUCACUACCAGAUCAGCCGUUGUAAUUUUCCCGAUAAUAUGCUCCUUUUCUAGCUCCGAUUCUAGGGUUUCAAUUCCGAUUUGCACACCUCUGACCUCUCCCAUGGCCGAAUCCAACCCUUCCGAUUCCAAUCCCAGUGCCAACGUCAAUGCCAAUCACAAUGCCGCUCGCUUUCGCUUCGAUGAUUUCUGCAAGAAUAAUGGCUUUGCUUUGGAUGCGACCACUUGCACGGAAGCCAUGAAACUUUUUGAAGAAACUAAGGAUCUCAUACAGACGAACGCAUCUGCAAUUGGCGGUGGAACGCCUGAAGAAGCAGAACGCUUCUGGUUUGUCUUUAUUUUGUACUCGGUGAAGAGGUUAAGUAAUAAGGACGAAGGUGAAGUGAAACAUGGCUCUGAGGAUGGUGGGAUUACGUUAUGGCAGAUUUUGAGAGCUGCGAAGCUCAACAUUGUCGAUUUUUUCAAAGAGCUUCCUCAAUUUGUUGACAAGGCUGGUCCAGUAAUAAGUGAUCUUUAUGGCACGGAUUGGGAAAACAGACUUGAGGCCAAGGAGUUGCAGACCAAUUUUGUGUUCUUGAACGUUCUAAGCAAGUUCUAUAAGCGAGCAUACCUGGAACUAUUUAUUACAAGUGGUGCAAAUAUGGAUAACCAGUUGAUAAUGACAAGUGAUGCAAAUAUGGAUAAGCAAUCAACUGUUGGCAAUCACACUGGUUAUCUGUCAGAGUACCAUCGUUUUGGAUGGUUGAUGUUCUUGGCUUUUCGUUCACAUGUGCUCAGCCGCUUCGUAGACCUAGUGACUUGCACAAAUUGUUUGGUUGCUAUAUUGGCCAUACUAGUUAUUCAUGUCCCUGUUCGCUUCAGGAACUUUGACAUCCAUGACUUUCCAAAAUUAGUUAAAAAGGAAAAGAAAGGUGUUGAUUUGCUUGCAUCACUCAGCAACAUUCAUAACGCCUCAGAAGAUGAAUUAAAAAGGAGAAUAGAAGAGGCCAAUACUCUGAUAACUAAAAUAUUGAGGAAGAAGCCCUGUUUGGCAUCUGAAAGUGAAAGCGAAACUCUGAAGAACAUCAUUCCAGAUGGUUUGAUCUAUUUUGAUGAUCUGAUGGAUGCAUCGUUUUCAUCAAAUUUGGAUAUUUUAGAAAAAAAUUAUAAUGAUGCUAUCUGGAAUAAGUGUGGACUGGAUGAGAGGGUGUUUGUUAAUGAGGAUGACAGCGUUCUUGGUUCAGGGAGUUUAUCUGCAGGUUCUAUGACUAUGUCCGGUGUUAAGAGGAAAUUUGAUUCAAUGUCAUCUCCAACAAAGACGAUUACAAGUCCACUCUCUCCGCAUCGUUCUCCUGCAUCUCACUCUAACCACACUCUUGGGGGUGCUAAUUCAAAGAUAGCUGCUACGCCAGUGAGUACUGCAAUGACAACGGCCAAGUGGCUUCGGACUGUCAUUUCUCCAUUACCGGCAAAACCCUCACUAGAGCUGGAACGCUUCCUGGUAUCAUGUGAUAAGGAUGUUACUAAUGACGUGGUACGUAGGGCACACAUAAUACUAGAGGCCAUAUUUCCUAGCAGUGCACUAGGGGAUCGAUGUGUGACAGGAAAUCUUCAAACUCCCAAUCUUAUUAACAAAAUUUGGGCAGAAGAACGAAGAUUAGAAGCACUCAAACUAUAUUACAGGGUUUUGGAAGCAAUGUGUAGAGCAGAGGCUCAAAUUUUGCAUGCAACUAAUUUAACCUCCUUAUUAACCAAUGAGAGGUUUCAUAGAUGCAUGCUUGCCUGCUCUGCAGAAUUAGUUCUUGCUACACGUAAGACUGCCACAAUGCUGUUUCCUGCAGUGCUGGAGAGGACUGGUAUUACAGCUUUUGAUCUUAGCAAGGUGAUAGAGAGUUUCAUUCGGCAUGAGGAGUCUCUCCCAAGAGAAUUGAGACGUCAUUUAAAUUCCUUGGAAGAACGACUUUUGGAGAGCAUGGUUUGGGAAAAGGGCUCCUCAAUGUACAAUUCUUUGACAGUUGCAAGACCUGCCCUCUCUGCAGAAAUAAAUCGCCUUUGCUUAUUAGCAGAACCAAUGCCAUCUUUGGAUGCAAUUGCUGUGCAUAUAAACUUCUCUUCUGGAGCAGUUCCUCCCAUACCUUCUUUACAGAAACAAGAGACUUCGCCAGGUAACAAUGGUGAUAUGAGAUCUCCAAAGAGACUGUCCACAGAUUAUCGAAGUGUACUAGUCGAAAGGAAUACAUUUACAUCACCAGUAAAAGAUCGUUUUCUAGCAUUAAAUAACCUUAAAUCUAAGCUUCCUCCUCCUUUGCAGUCUGCAUUUGCAAGUCCAACACGGCCAAAUCCAGGUGGUGGAGGAGAAACUUGUGCAGAGACUGGAAUAAAUGUUUUCUUCAGUAAGAUAAAUAAGUUAGCUGCUGUCAGAAUCAGUGGUAUGGUCGAAAGGCUUCAACUAUCUCAGCAGAUUAGGGAGAAUGUCUACUGUCUCUUCCAACAAAUACUCAGUCAGCGGACAUCUCUCUUUUUCAACCGCCAUAUUGACCAGAUAAUCCUCUGUUGUUUCUAUGGAGUUGCAAAGAUUUCUCAGCUGAGGCUCACCUUCAGGGAAAUAAUUUACAACUACAGGAAACAACCACAAUGUAAACCCCAAGUUCUUCGGAGUGUUUUUGUUGAUUGUCCAGCAACACGCCGCAACGGGAGAUCUGCUCAAGAUCAUGUGGAUAUAAUUACGUUUUACAAUGAAACUUUCAUUCCUGCUGUAAAACCUCUACUGGUUGAGCUUGGUCCUGCUGCGGCAAAUACAAGAGCCAACAGAGCUCCUGAUGUUAAUAAUAACAAUGAUGCUCAAUGUCCUGGAUCUCCUAAGGUGUCUCCAUUCCCAAGUCUCCCUGAUAUGUCCCCAAAGAAAGUGUCUGCAGCACAUAAUGUAUAUGUGUCGCCAUUGCGGUCUUCCAAGAUGGAUGCUCUAAUCUCACAUAGCUCAAAGAGUUACUACGCAUGUGUUGGAGAAAGCACUCAUGCAUACCAGAGCCCUUCCAAAGAUCUGACUGCCAUCAAUAAUCGAUUAAACGGUAAUCGAAAGAUCAGGGGCAUUCUCAAUUUUGACGACGUUGAUGUUGGCUUGGUUAGCGAUUCGAUGGUAGCCAGCAGCCUGUACCUUCAAAACGGGAGUUCUGCAUCCUCAUCGGGAGCACCAUUGAAAACGGAGCAACCUGAUUUCUAAUUCAAUGGCUUCCCACCUUUUUUUUUUCUUUAUGUAAAUUCUAAUCCUAUUAAUCUCAAUCUGCCCUAGUAUCUUUAUUAUAGUAAGUUUUUAUGACACGGGGUAAUGUAUGAGCGGUAAGUUAUUGUAGAAAGGCCGCCACCCGCCCCUCUUCCGUGCCAUCAGGUGCUGCUGGUGUAUGUUAUUGUUUGUAAUUAGGUGUCAGACUCAGAAAUUAUAGCCUAAUCUCCACUCAUCCAAUAAAAUAUCGUGAGUUGAAAUUAGAGGUUUUUUUUCAGCUAGAAUAGAGUUUAGAAAUAACCCGAUUUACUUAAGGUUGUGUGUUUAUGAUACGUUAAUUGACCAUUCAGGAAUGGAUUUUAAGAUUGCUUGCA